GUCUCCUUCAGGUGUUACAUUCUUUCCUCACCAAAAAACACCUACACAUCUGUCUUGGAUCAAAUGACUUUUUGACAUUUGCUCCUUUGCGCUCUUUGCUUAACAGAUAAUAUUUAAAUUUACUAUUUAAAUACUGUAUUUAAAUGCACAGUUAUUAUUUCAGAUUUUUGCUAAAUGCUCACUGUGGUCAACAACCAAUUUGCCAUCUUGUCAUCCAAACUCCAGACAUCAGGUUAGCAAGCAAGCUCUGCAAUGCCAAUGCUAUGGGUUUGAUUCCCAGGGAAAACUCAUACUGAAAAAAUGUGUACCUUGUGAACCAUCUUUGGACAAAAGUGUUUUCCAAAUGAACUCUUGUCAAUACAAUGCAUUGGUUUAAAAGAAUUAACAGGCUGCAGUCUUUCUCCAGCUAGGGCAUUAGCACACAUCUACUCAGUGUCACUCUGUAGUGCAUUAUUCACGGUAUCAUUUACUGUUGGCGGAACUUAUGAACAUGAUCCAUACAGGCCCCAUUUGCAGUUUACAUAUCUGCACUUAUUUAAGACAAGACAUUAUUGUGGACCAAAACACUGUUAUUUCAAAUAGAUUGACUUGAAACGUACCAGACAAGGCUAAAGACAAAGUCAGUUAUCAAAGUAUUCAACUAAGAUGCACAGAGUAGGUUGUUUCCUAUGCAGUUUUCUGCACAUUUGCGCAGCCCAGGAAAAAGCUUAACACUCACUGACAUCUCUGCCCUAUUUAGCCCCAGCAAGUGCCAGUGUCUAUGAUGAAACGUGAUUCCCCACCAGUCCCAGAGGUAGGCAAGUGUCAAGGAAAGAAGAUCAGUGGAGAUGCUUGGCAUACUUUCCACCAUCAUGUAGAGUUGGUUCACCCAUUUCAAAAGCACUAGUGUGCCUAAGAGAGAGCGCAUAGCCUAGAAUUUACUACGGAUUGAGAAUCACAACAAGGUGUUAUAUAAAAGGCACCAGGCGAAACAAAGGACGUGAAUGAGGGAAGGAAUCCCUGGAGGUAAACAAUGUCAGAGAAAACAGAGGAAGCCACUACGAGGAAGCCCUCAGCAAACAAGAGUAUUAAAAAGCUGCGUGCUAUAAGCAUGGUGUGCAGCCUGACUCGGAGCUGGCAGCAGUGGGUGAGCGAAAAUGAAGAGAAGCAGUCCAGUGAACCCAGCGGGUGGGCCCCUGGUUACCCUGAAGAUCCUAAAGAUUCAAAAAAGGAGGCAGCCAAAAACAGACUCUCUCAGAAGUCUCUCCCCAACCAGGAGGAUGUGGAGGCCCCUGGCCAGUCACGCAUCAGAACCACCCAAAUGGUAAAAACGGUGACAAGGGAUGUCCAGGAGAGAAGUGCAGGCAUUGAGUUUUUGACCAAACGUAUCUGUAAUGACCCAUCCACAGAUGAACUAGACAAGAUUCUGAGUAAAAAAGGGACACCUACACGCCGCAGGAAGUGCUCCAACAUGGUUUCGGAGCUGACACGAGGAUGGAAGGAAAUGGAAAAGGAGAAAAAGCAGGCUAAGGAGGGUAGUAAGUAUAAUGAGUUUCCCGAAGCUGAAGAGAGAGCCCUGCAGCUAGGAACCAACCAGGAGGAUACCGCGAAUGAUAGAACAAAGGAAAAUACAGAGUCGUCCGCAGUAAGGAUCAAAAGAGCCUCUGUACUUGGGAGCAAGAAGGAUGUAGAAGAUGCCAACAAAAUAAAUGCCUUGUCCAAAAAGUACAGCGCUGUGGGCAACCUAAAAAAUUGCUGGCAAAACUGGGCAUCCAAGCAUUCCAUUAAUCAGAAGCUGAACCCCUUCAGCGAAGACUUUGAUUAUGAGUACUCCAUGUCAACACGGCUGCAGAAGGGUGAGGAGGGCUACGGGCGGCCCAAAGAGGGCAGUAAGACAGCUGAGAGGGCUAGACGUGCAGAAGCGCACAUCCAUCGUGAGAUCGACGACAUGUGCUACAUCAUAAGGACUAUGGCAGACCCAGAUCCAGAUGGUUACACUCGAGUGACCUUUGGCGAGCUGUUUGACAGAUAUGUGCGAAUCUCUGAUAAAGUGGUGGGUAUUCUAAUGAGGGCCAGGAAGCAUAGAAAGGUGGACUUUGAAAGGGAAAUGCUGUGGCAGGGCCAGGAUGAUGGUGUCAUUAUCACUCUGUUAGUAUGACAUAAGACAUGAAGUCAUUCACUCUGGACUCAAAAUGAAAGAUUUUGCUGCUAUAGAUGACAUGUAGAAAGGUAAAACAAUUAUUACCACAGUUCUGUGUGUUUAUAUGUAUUGUCAUAUACUAUAUGAAUUAAAGCUGAAGUGUGUAAUGUCUGUGCCAUUAACAUCACAAAGCUGACUUGUAAAAUUUGAUUGCUUUUGAACAGGUUUACCAGAAACUCACAGAUGGUGCAGACCUAUAGUGGUUGAGCCAAAAUUACUGUGUCAAGAUGCUCAAAGAAACUGAGCAAUGUCUGAUAGUGUCACAGAGCAACAGUGUUUACACUUCUCUGUGAAUUCAACAUACAAAUGACUUACUCAUAGUUGUCUCUGCAUAUUAAGCUGGGAUAGGAGAAAGUAUUUUAACAUAAUAAAAGAAAACACACUUCACCUUUAUGGUUUGUUUAAUUACAGACUGAGUUUUCUGAGUUGCCUCAGCUCUUCCGUGUUUUUGCAGUAUGUUUAAUUUAUUUAAGUGUAUACAUCUAUAAAGAUUUGUUACAUUGCUGACAAAUUUGAAUAAUCUCCUGUAAAUAAGCAAAUGAUAAUGACAGAUUUGGCUUUUCCCCCCUAACUUUUCACAAAGGCAAUAGAAUUUAGGGCCUGAAGGUCUGUAUUUGUAGUAAUUUGUGUAUCCAUAAGAGGGAGCAGUAACACUAAAAUCAGCUUUAAAAGCUUUCUCUGAGAUAUCCAUUUACAGAUGUGUUAUGUGUUUUGAGAAUUUA